AUGUCCUGUUUGCCAAGCUCUUUGUACCAGCCGUUGGACUUGAAGGGUAGCGCUGUGCUGCUGACGGGCGCUACUGCAGGUAUCGGAGAAGCCACUGCCUGGCGUUUUGCCGAGCUCCGUUGCCAUUUGGCGCUCUGUGGUCGUCGUACCGAGAGAUUGGAGGCGCUGAAGAAGGCACUGUGCGAGCGUUUUCCGGACCUUCCUGAGCCAAUCGCUGUGACGCUAGAUGUUCAGGACACGGAGAAAAUUGCCAAGCUUCCUGAGCAGCUGAAGGCUGCUGGCAUGGCGGCUGUGGAUAUUUUGAUCAACAAUGCUGGGUUGGCCCUUGGGGUCGCCAGCGCCAUUGAGAACGAACUGAGCAACAUCCAAACGAUGCUUGCAACGAACGUCACUGCAGUGAUGCAUUUAGUGGCAACUUUUGGGCCACAGAUGCGUGAACGUGGCAAAGGGCACAUUGUCAACAUCUCAUCGGUGGCAGGACACGAGGCCUACCAGGGUGGUUCGGCCUACUGUGCCACCAAGCAUGCUGUCAAUGCGUUCACCAUCGCAUCGAGACAUGACCUGGCCGGAACUCCCAUCAGGGUCACAGCAAUCAGUCCUGGCAUGGUGGAAACGGACUUCUCCAAGGUGCGCUUCGGUGACGAGUCAAAAGCUGCCAAGGUCUACGAGAACAUCAUUCCACUGGUGGCUGAGGAUAUUGCCGACCAGAUUGUGUAUGUCACCACUCGACCGAGGCACGUGCAAAUCGCUGACAUCAUUUCCUAUGCUACAAAUCAGGGCCAUGCAAAAUAUGUCAUCGAGAGACAAGGUGAGUCUAUGGGAGCAGGCAAUUGA